AUGACAAUUAUAUAUGAGACAAAAAGUUCUGAAAUAUUUGAAGAUCCGCCAAUUAAGAAGAAACGUCGAAUUUUAGAAAAUCGGAUAGAAAAAUUUAUGUUACUUUGGAAGUUUUACGAGCCAUUAUUCACGAGCUUCAAUAAUAGUACAAGGUGGAUAAAUUUAACAGAUGUGAACAUAUCAAAUAAUAAAAUUGAUGUGUUGCCGAGAAAAUUGGGCGCUUUGCAUUGUCUUCGACAGCUCAAUUUAUCAUACAAUUGUUUGGGACGAUAUUCUGGAUGGGUAUGGCUAAAAGAAGCACGAAUUAAGAGAACUUUACGUUUUCUAGAUAUAAGUAAUAAUUCGCUGAUCGAAUUAUCGGAAUAUAUCUGGAAUUUGAAUGCUUUAGUUGAAUUGAAAAUAAGUCACAACUUGUUGGGAUAUUUACCACAAGGCAUUGAAAAGGUUCGAAAUCUUAGGACUUUGGAUUUGUCGCAUAACUUUUUAAAAUAUCUACCAGCCGGGAUCACUAAUUUGAAAUUGCAAACUAUAGAUAUUUCAAUGAAUCCAUUAGUCAGUGACAUAGAUUGGGAAUGUAACAUAAUGUUACCAAGCCUUGCUCAAUUUGCAGCAAAAGCACUGCAGCAAUAUUGCAGAGAUAGACAUGUAAUUUUCCGAAGAGAUGAAUUGAAUGAACAUAUUAGUAGAAAUAAAAUCGAUAAUUGCUUCCAUUGCGGAAAAAUAUGUACAUCUCCCUAUUUAUACUUAGCGUGGCCCAGGCAAUCUAUAUUCAAAAUAGCUACAAACGUAAUAAGACAUACAUCAGAAAUGUCAAUGGUAUUUUAUGAAUUAUGCCUUUGCUUUCCUGAAUGUAAGGGGGAACUACUGGUAAUCUAUAGUAACGAAUCGGAUACAUCUCUAGAUUAUGAAGAGCAACGUUUAAAUUAA